AUGGAUGGAGUAAAUGUUGGACAAGAUGGGUUAUGUGAACUUGAAACUGAAGAGCCCGAAUUGGAGCUGCGUGGAUCCGAGCGGGCUCAAAUACGAUCUUCAAAUGGUAUGGUUGAUAUUCUCGAGAAUAAAUUAGCUGUGGGAGUAAACUUAGAUCUGGGAGUGGAAAAUGACGGAUUUACUGUAUCCGGCAUAGACGUAGAUCCCCUGCCCGUUGGAGUGGUUCCAACUAACCAGCAGGUGGCGGCUGAGGAUCGGAGGAGGAGAAAAAUGGUUCCAAAUAUGAAUGGGUUGGAUGCAGCAAAUCCCAUGCCUCCGCUCCCCCCGGCAUUGUUACUUAUGCUCCAGGAUAUCCAGGAGGAUAUCCAGAAUCUCCAGGAGAGCCAAAAUUUGGCCAAUCUGAGGAUGGAUACAUUAUUACGAGUCACGUCUGCGAGGAGUAGAAAUCAACGCAUCAAGGAAGAAGAAAUGGAUGAACUCUAUCGGCCCUUGCCAAAAUUGUUGGUCGGGCAUCCAUAUGCUGCGGUAUUACCCGUCCAAGGAGUCAAUAUUGCUGUGGGGGGUUAUCAGGUGGGUGAUCUGCCCCCUGACGGACUGGUACCGACAAACAAUGAAGGGUAUAUAGAAGCGAGCCAUCUAGACCUGCCUGAUCUUAGAAGAAAACUUAGAGCUAUAUAUUGGUUUUAUCACGACGACAGUUUGUUCAUCCCCCACAAUGCCCCACUGCGAAUGUGCCGCCAGGGUUUGGUAGCUCUUAAGAGGUUUCACCUUCCUUGA